AUGGCCUCAACAGGUAUUCCCCUUAUCCCCCAGGCAAAAAAUGUUGUGCUGUUUAAGAAUGGAGACCCUUUCUUUACUGGAAGGAAGCUUGUCAUCAACCAAAGGCAGAUUCUAACAUUUGAGACCUUUUUAAAUGAAGUAACAAGAAACAUCAGUGCUCCAGUGGCCGUGAGGAACAUCUACACACCAAGUGGGGGACACCGCGUCCUUGAGCUAAAUCAACUACAGAAUGGCUGCCAUUAUGUGGCUGCAGGAUUUGAAAAGUUUAAAAAAAUAGAUAAACUGCACACAGAAGUGAAAGAGCCACAAAUGGCUCGGGAGCCGCAGACAAGAGCUGUUUACCCAAACAGGAGAAACGUCUCGGCCCGUUGGAGGAAGUACAUGCAGAUGCCUUGCAUAGUGAAUAUCUUUAGAAAUGGGGAUCUGCUGAGCCCACCCUUCCGGUUAAUUAUUCCCAAGCACGUGAUGCCGGACUGGGAGAAAAUCCUCGCCAUGGUAACGGAGAAAGCAAAUAUCCGCACUGGAGCUGUCUGUCGGCUUUGUACCACAGAGGGUCAGGUGAUGAAGAAUGGAGCUCAGCUGGAGAGUGGACAGUAUUAUGUGGCUGUUGGGUCUGAAAAGUUCAAAAAUCUGCCUUACCUUGAACUCUUGGUUUCCAAAUCAUCACUUCAGAAUGCUCUCAGACAUCAGGAAACAAUGAGACGCAAGAAUCGUGGCAAAGAGUGCAUUGUGGCCCAGGAUGGAGUCAGCGAUUCUGCGCUCUUGCUUUCACCCAGUCAGUUGGACAAGCGGAGGGUUCAGUCCACAGGAGAUGCUGCAGAAGCUGUGGCGCUCGUGGCUCCACAGACUGUGAGGGGUAAAGGGAAGAGCUGCAGCCAGGAGAGAAACUCUCUGUUCUUUGCAAAGCCGGUUAAAGUGAAGUCGAACCGGAACGUCAUUCGGGAGUCGCAGGCAGGAACCGGCAACAAAGGGGGCAGAAGUGUCUUCAAAGUGACUGAGAAGCGAUCUGAGCUGAGAGGAGCUCAGGAAAUACCUGAUGAUGACAACACGAGGGUGGAGCUCCCAAUCGAUAAGAUGGUGGCUGAAGUUAUUGAAGAUGAAAUCAUUACUGAAAGUGCAACGUAUCACGUUGAUCAGGGUUUUAUAUCCAAACUUCAAUGAAGUCUUCAGGGAGACAGGAGACUUGAGAGCGAAGCCAAUGUCCUCUGGCAGAGCAUUCAGACGGUGAAGGCAGGCUCACCCUUUACUCUGAGAUGGGUAUUUUAAGCAAGCUGUUUGAUGUUCCUGCAAAGGACUAUUGCCAAAUGUCCUUGGCAUGCCUGCUGCUGGCAGAGUGCUUGGUUUAACCACUGACACCGGAGAUGUCUCAGAAAUUGGGAAUGCCGUGGUAUUCUACCUAAUAUCCUACACUUCUGAACUCAUUUCGAUGAAAAAUAAAUC